AUGCUUAAAAGUGUUAUACCAGACUCUUCUGAACUGGUUUUCAUGAGUGAAAGAAAUCAGAGUCUGAUCUUCGCUAUAGGAAGCGUGUUUCCAGAGGCUCACCAUGGGCAUUGUUUAUGGCAUUUGAAGGAAAAGGUGAAAUGGCAUGCUGGUAACGUCAACAAGGUUAUAGUCGGACAUAAAUUUAUGGAGUUGGGCAGAUAUUACACGGUGGAUGACUUCAACUCUGCUUACGACUCAUUUGAAAAAAGAUAUCCUACUGUGUACAAGUAUGUGCAGGAACAUACUGAAAAGGACAAAUGGGCAAGAGUUUUUUUCCCACGUGACAGGUACAACUUCGAUACAAUCAACAGUGUGGAAUCAAUGAAGAGCGUGUUUAAAGAGGCAACGACGUGGGCAUUAAUACCAAUGUUGGAUUGUACCGUCAGGAAAUUCUCUGAUUGGUUCACUCAACGGAAGGAAGCUGUUUCUAGAUCAAUCGAUACAAGCCUGGUGCCUCUGGUUGAGAACUACUUGCACGGUCUAUGGGAUGUUGCACAAAAGCUAUCUGUACGGGAGAUUAAUAGUUAUGAGCUUAAGUACGAGAUCACUGACACUGCUGGAAAGAUGUUUUGGGCGAGCUUGGUUGAAAAAUCUUGUACUUGCAAGGUGUGGGAUUAUGAAAAGUUUCCUUGCCUGCACGGACUGGCAGCUUACAUCUAUUUCACUACGAAUGUUGAUGGCGGCCUUAAUAUCCAUGAGCUGUGCUCAAAAUACUAUUGGACGGAAUUGUGGGCUUUGGCGUAUGACAGGACACUUUGUGUUGUGCCCGACAUGUCUUCUUGGAAUGUACCAGAUCAGAUUAAGGAGGUGAAGAUCAUACCUCCGGAUCGCAUCAGGAGGAAGGGAAGGAAAAGAGUUGGAUGA